AUGAAGAGCUUCACCUUAGAAACAGCAUUACUUCUCUGCAGCCUCAGCUGGAUCUCUGUCUCAGUUUCUGAGUUUCAGACUGUGAAGGUCCAGCCAGGUGAAGAAGUCACACUGCAGUGCUCCAACAUCUCCAAAGCUCCAUCUAUGACAGAAUGGUUCAGAGUGGUCAACAGAACCAAAGCCAGCUGUAUCUCCUCUAUGUACAAGUCUGGAGACAAAGCUUCACUCUGUGAUGGAUUUCAGAACGGAAAAUUUGAAAUGCUUUCCAACAUUUCAACUGUCUUUCUUAAAAUCAAGCGAGUGGAUUUAUCUGACUCUGGGCUGUAUUUCUGUGGAUUUUACAUCAACUUACACACAGUCAUUGCAGAUGUAACAGAGUUAAGCGUUCAAGGUAAUGGUGAUUCUGAUGAUUCUGAGUCUGAUGAUGAAGAACAUUUUAAGUCUAAAAAAGAGUGUGAUGGGAGAACAGUCCUGAUGAGUGUGGUCCUGGGUGUUGUGAUUCUCUUGUUCACUAUAGUCCUCAUUGUUCUGGCUGUUAAAAUCAGGAAACUUCAAGCAGCUGCCAAUAAAAAACCACAGCCAGAAAGAAACAAGAAUCUGGGUUCAGAUGACCUGAACUACGCAGCGCUGAGUUUCCAGCCGAAACCAAAGAGAAACCGCCGGCCUGCAUCCAAAAGAGAGGAGCUAAGUGUUGUUUAUGCUGCCACCAGAUAA